AAAAGCUCAUUGACCAAGAAAAGGCCUAUCAGGUGAAAAAAGAACAAGAAAAUGCCAAGAAAAUUGCAAAGCUGAAGGAAGAGCUUACCAAGCUGAAAUCAUUUGCAUUGAUACUUGUGGAUGAACAGCAACGGCUUUCAGAGCAGCUCAACCAACAGAGUCAAAAAGCCCAGGCACUAUCUGUCAUUGCACAGCAAGCUCAGGAAAAAUUAACAGCCUCUGAAGAAAGGGCAACAGAAACAGAACAUAAAGUGUUUGCUCUUGAGAUUGAACUGCAAACACAAACUAGCAGAUUUUAUCAGGAACAGGAAACAACAAUGGCCAAAUUGACCAAUGAAGAAAGCCAGAAUCGACAGCUCCGACUAAAACUGGCCACACUCAGCCGACAGGUAGAUGAGUUGGAGGAGACGAAUAAAUCACUGAGGAAAGCAGAAGAAGAACUGCAGGACUUAAGAGAAAAAAUAAACCGAGGUGAGUGUGGAAAUUCCAGCUUGAUGGCAGAAGUCGAAGUUCUGCGGAAGCGUGUAUUAGAAAUAGAAGGAAAAGAUGAGGAACUUUUAAAAAUGGAGGACCAGUGCAGGGAUCUCAACAGAAAAUUAGAAAAGGAAGAAAGCCAUAGCAGGAAUCUAAAAACAGAGGUGGAGAGACUGAAGAAAAGAAUAAUGGAGUUGGAAAAAUUGGAGGAUGCCUUCAGUAAGAGUAAACAAGAAUGUUAUGUGCUUAAAUGCAAUCUGGAAAAAGAGAAAAAUCUAACUAAGCAAUUAGCAAAUGAAUUGGAUACUUUAAAAGUAAGAGUUAGGGAACUUGAAGCAAUUGAAAAUAAACUGGAGAAAACAGAAUUGGCCAUGAAGGAAGAUCUAAGCAAGCUUAAAACAUUAACUGUAAUGUUGGUUGACGAAAGAAAAAAUAUGGCAGAGAAGAUGAGGCAAACAGAGGAUAGAUUUCAAAAUGCAAAUGCCCAACUUCAAACAGAGGAAAAUAAAGUUACAGUUGUGACAGAAAAACUUAUUGAGGAAAGCAAAAAAGCACUGAAAUCCAAAGCAGAAUUGGAAGAGAAAACAUAUAAUUUGACUAAGGAAAGAGAUGAGCUUAAAAAGAAGCUGAAAACUGAGGAAGAGCGAGGAAAUGACCUUCUGUCUAAGUCCAACCUAAUGAAGAAGAGACUCCAAUCUCUUGAAGCAAUAGAAAAGGAGUACCUCAAAAACAAAGGAAAACAAGAGAAUGGCAAAUCCCCUUCACGUUUACAAAAGGAUGACAAUAAAAUCAGAGAAUUGACUCACGAGGUUGAAAGACUGAAAUGUAAAUUGAAAGAUGCACAGGUGGUAGAAGACGAUCUAAUGAAGACAGAAAAUGACUAUGACUCACUGGAGCAUGGGUACUAUGAUGAGCAACAGCAGCUAAAAUUAAUGACAGGAGAGCUUGAGACUGUGAAAAAGGAACUAGCUCGAUAUAAGCUAGCAGAAAAGACUGAAUCAACCCAAGAACAAAUCCUGUUUGACAGACUCAGUGAAGAACAGGCAAAAUCAAGCCAUCUAACAAGGGAGGUGGAAGCCCUCAAAGACAAAAUUCAUGAAUACAUGGAAACUGAAGACUUACUAUCUCAUUUUAAAGCAGAGCAGAUAUCAAUGCAAAAAAAGUUGACUCAACAAGAAAACCGAAACAAAGAACUAGCAAGGGAAACUGAAAAUCUUACCAAGGAAUUGGAAAGGUACAGAAGGUUUAGCAAGAGUCUUCGGCCUGGCAUGAAUGGCAGGAGAUUUGGGGAGUUACAACUCUGCUCAAAAGAGAUCCAAACUGAUGUCGUAGACAGUGAACCACCUGAUUACAGAAGCCUUAUCCCUUUAGAGAAAGCAGUAGUGAAUGGAAAAAUAUGCACAGAAAGUGAAGAGACUGAUUAUAGUACUCAAGAUGAUGAUCAAUCCUUGCAAGUGAACUACAAUUCAUUAACUGUAAACAGUGUCAAUAAUAAUAAAAGGUCGUGGACACCAUGGAUGAAGAGUAAGGAAACCUGUGCACAAAAUGGAAAAGCAGUAUCCAAGCUGAAUGGAAACCUGGUCCAGCCAGGUGAAAUGGUGCUUACUCAGAAACAAGGGCAACCUCUUCACAUAAAAGUAACACCAGAUCAUGGACAGAGCACAGCUACUCUUGAAAUCACUAGCCCCACUUUAGAAAAUUCAUUCUCAUACACCAGCACAGCAGUUAUCCCCAACUGUGGUGUUCCAAAGCAAAGAAUCACCAUUAUACAGAAUGCCUCCCUCACACCUGUUAAAUCAAAGAUAGCGGAUGGAUACUCCACACCAGAACGUGCUUUGUCACCCCUUAGCAGGACUACAAUGUCGAGAUCAAAAUCCAGAACUCCAGACUCAUGUGGUUCAAUGACUCCAGAACGAACAAUGUCGCCUAUUCAAAUAGUUGCUGUAUCUGCAAAUCCCACACACUCACCGGAUCGAACGCUGUCUCCUGAGCCAAUGGAAGCUGCCACAGCUCACACCAUCUUCAGAGUUUCACCUGAAAGGAUACAAGGGCGUCAGAUACAGAAGUCAAAUACUAGCCCUAAUGUAAUUACCACUGAAGACAAUAAAAUCCAUAUUCAUUUAGGUAAUCCCCACAUUCAAACAGCCACACCCGUUUCAAGACCAAUGAGCCCCUGCGGUUCAAUCCAAGAGAUCAGAGCUCCAACUAUAACUAAUGGGACACCAAAUAAGUCAACCAAUAAAAUCACCAGCAGCAUUACUAUCACACCAACAGCCACUCCUGCCCCACGCUAUUCACAAAUUACAGUUGCACAAGAGAACAUGGUACGACACUCAUUUCCAACUCGGAUCCCUAAACCAAGAUCCAGUACAAUAAAGUUCAAGAUGCCUGAAAGACCCAUCUCCAACUCUGAGCUACAGUCAUAAGUACAACUUGUAUGAAAACAGGCAAAAAGUGUUACCUCCAAUUUCUGUACUCAAUCUAAUUUUGGAAAAAUGCAACAAAUUUUAUUUUUCCAAAGAAUGAGCAAACAACUAUUUGCUCUAGGCUGCAGGGUCAUUUGUAUUCAAUUAAAUCUGCAACAGAUGCAAGUUAUUUCACCAUUUUCCACAAUGUGUACUGAAAACAGCUGCAAAAAUCCAUCACAAGCCUGAAAAAUCAACUUGAUAAAUGAUAUUAAGAGGUGAUUGCCUCACAGUGAAAUAAGAUUCAAAGCACUUAUUUGUUAAUCUCUUAUGGUUAUGCUAAGUUUCAGACCAGCUUCUCAACUGAUGAGUUUCCAGCCGAACUCACUGGGGUUAAGGUAUCAAUAUUCAUGCUGAAAAGAACUGAACUGUCUGGGUUGAAAAACUGUCCCUCAGGAAGGAUGCGGCACCAAGACCAACAUAAGAAUGCUCUGCAUCGUUGACCUCUUCAUUCCAGUUCAAGUGUAAAUGUAUAAAAUGUUACUACAUAAACAACUCAAGCACGAUCUUACAACUUGAAUAAAUGCAUGCAGCCACUCUCUUUGCAAUAGCACAGAAAAAUACCACAAGGAAUUAAUGUUACUGGAGUAGAGAUCCCUUGCUUCAAAGUGGAAGAUUUUCAAAAGUAAUCUUGUGAAAUGAGGGAUCAAUUCAAUUUCAGCAUU